AGGACCUGGGCUGGGGAGUUUCCUCUCAACUAUCGGGGGAGAAACUCCCCAUAGCCGGUGUUUUCCUCCCGGGGGCCGCGUUCCCCGCCCCGCGUAUCGGCGGUUGCCGCCGCCGCCGGUGCCUCCACCUCUGCCAUCUCUUCACCACCUCGGUCCCCGGUGUCCCCGGCCAGCACUAUGCCCAUCUUACUGUUCCUGAUAGACACGUCUGCCUCUAUGAACCAGCGCAGCCAUCUGGGCACCACCUACCUGGACACGGCCAAAGGCGCGGUAGAGACCUUCAUGAAGCUCCGUGCCCGGGACCCUGCCAGCAGAGGAGACAGGUAUAUGCUGGUCACUUUCGAAGAGCCGCCCUAUGCUAUCAAGGCUGGAUGGAAAGAAAACCAUGCAACGUUUAUGAAUGAACUGAAAAACCUUCAGGCAGAAGGACUUACGACUCUUGGCCAGUCCCUAAGGACAGCUUUUGAUUUGUUAAAUUUAAAUAGAUUAGUAACUGGCAUAGACAACUAUGGGCAGGGAAGAAACCCCUUUUUCUUGGAGCCAGCAAUAAUUAUUACAAUCACUGAUGGGAGCAAAUUGACUACUACUAGUGGUGUCCAGGAUGAGCUCCAUUUACCUCUUAAUUCGCCGUUGCCUGGAAGUGAAUUGACCAAGGAACCUUUUCGUUGGGAUCAGAGACUAUUUGCUUUAGUAUUGCGGUUGCCUGGCACCAUGUCAGUAGAAUCAGAACAGUUGACAGGUGUGCCUUUGGAUGAUUCUGCUAUCACACCAAUGUGUGAAGUGACAGGAGGCCGGUCAUACUCUGUAUGUUCUCCAAGAAUGCUUAAUCAGUGUCUGGAAUCCUUGGUACAAAAAGUACAAAGUGGGGUGGUAAUAAACUUUGAAAAGGCAGGACCAGAUCCUCCCCCUCCUGAAGAUGUGCAACCAGAUAUAUCAAGACCUUUUGGAUCUCAGCCUUGGCAUAGCUGUCACAAGCUCAUAUAUGUCAGACCAAAUCCUAAAACUGGGGUUCCUAUAGGCCAUUGGCCUGUUCCAGAAUCUUUUUGGCCAGAUCAGAAUUCUCCAACACUACCACCUCGUACAUCUCAUCCUGUAGUGAAGUUUUCCUGUACAGACUGUGAGCCAAUGGUUAUUGACAAAUUGCCUUUUGACAAAUAUGAGUUGGAACCUUCACCACUGACUCAGUUUAUUCUAGAAAGGAAAUCUCCUCAAACAUGUUGGCAGGUGUAUGUGAGCAAUAGUGCAAAAUAUAAUGAACUUGGCCAUCCGUUUGGUUACUUGAAAGCUAGUACAGCACUGACAUGUGUCAACUUAUUUGUGAUGCCUUACAAUUACCCAGUCCUCCUUCCUCUCUUAGAUGACUUGUUCAAAGUGCACAAAGCAAAACCGACUCUGAAAUGGAGACAGUCAUUUGAAAGUUAUUUGAAGACAAUGCCUCCCUACUAUCUUGGGCCCCUGAAGAAAGCCGUUAGAAUGAUGGGCGCACCUAAUCUGAUAGCAGACAGUAUGGAGUAUGGACUCAGUUAUAGUGUCAUUUCAUACCUCAAAAAAUUGAGUCAGCAGGCCAAAAUUGAAUCUGAUAGAGUCAUCGGAUCUGUAGGCAAAAAAGUAGUGCAGGAAACUGGAAUUAAAGUCCGAAGCCGGUCACAUGGGUUGUCAAUGGCACAUAGGAAAGGUUUUCAAGUGCUGCAAGGUAUUUCGGAAGAUGUCCCCCACAGGUUGCUAGACCUUAAUAUGAAGGAGUACACUGGGUUCCAGGUUGCUUUACUAAAUAAGGAUUUGAAGCCUCAGACCUUUAGAAAUGCUUAUGAUAUACCAAGACGGAAUCUUCUGGAUCAUUUAACAAGAAUGAGAUCUAACCUUUUAAAGAGCACCCGCAAAUUUCUUAAAGGCCAGGAUGAAGAUCAAGUGCACAGUGUACCUAUAGCACAAAUGGGGAAUUACCAGGAAUACCUCAAGCAAGUACCUUCUCCAUUGAGAGAACUUGAUCCUGAUCAGCCUCGAAGGUUGCAUACAUUUGGCAAUCCCUUUAAACUGGAUAAAAAGGGUAUGAUGAUAGAUGAAGCAGAUGAGUUUGUGGCUGGACCUCAGAAUAAACACAAGCGGCCUGGAGAGCCAAGCAUGCAAGGGAUCCCGAAAAGGCGCCGAUGUGCCUCUCCACUCUUGAGAGGCCGAAGGCAGAGCCCUGCUGUGAACAGUCACAUCGGAGGGAAAGGACCACCUGCACCUAUGAUGCAAGCACAGCCAGGUCUUAUUAAACCCCUUCCUCUGCAUAAAGAAGCCACUAAUGAUUCAAUAGUAGAAGAUGUGGUUGAAAAUCAUGUUGCUGACCAACUUUCAUCAGACAUGACACCAAAUGCUAUGGAUACUGAAUUUUUAACAUCUCCAGCCAAUCUUUUGGAACCAUCAACCAAUCAUACAGAGGCCCUUGGUCAUGAACAUUUAGGAAACAAUGACCUCACUGUUGGUGGGUUUUUAGAGAAUCAUGAGGAGCCAAGAAAUAAAGAACAAAGUGCUGAAGAGAAUAUACCAGCAUCUUCACUUAACAAAGGAAAGAAACUGAUGCAUUGUAGAAGCCAUGAAGAGGUCAACACUGAACUAAAAGCACAAAUAAUGAAAGAGAUCCGAAAGCCAGGAAGAAAAUAUGAAAGAAUCUUCACUUUACUGAAGCAUGUGCAAGGCAGUUUACAGACAAGGCUAAUAUUUUUACAGAAUGUCAUUAAGGAAGCAUCCAGGUUUAAGAAACGAAUGCUAAUAGAACAAUUGGAGAACUUCUUGGAUGAAAUUCAUCGAAGAGCCAAUCAGAUCAACCAUAUUAAUAGCAAUUAAAAGAAAAUAGAAUGCAGCCACUUAUUUCAUUAUCUUCUCCAAAUACAAAUAUGUGCCUUUGAUAUGCAGCAGAGAAGAAACUCAGCCUUCGUUUGCCCACUAAACAACUGAGAGCAGAAAGAAUCAGCACACCAACACGUACCCAGGAC